UAUUUUUUGUAAAAAAAUUGUUAAAAUUAUUUCUAGCUUGCAAACAGCUUAGAAAAUUUCUGUCUCUUUUAAUAUUAUAAAACUACGCCAUGGUUCGUAUUAUAAUUAAACUUAAGGGCGCUCUUUUAAUAUGAGGACAGAUGUUAAUUCGUAUUUAUUUUGUAUUUCAGGAUGUUUUGUCGCGCCCUGCAGAAGAAUUUGGUAAUGAUGAAACACUGGAACACUUGUGGGCUGCAAGAGCUAUGGAACAUAGUGACAUUUAUUUUAAUGUACUCUGUUCAGUAGAUACAAGAUGGUUGCAGCUGACACCUCAUGAUGAUCUUAUUUACACACACUUCAGACAAGACUUUCCAGACUUGGACGUUUCCAACAUAAACGAGAAUGAAAUAAAAAAUAACACAAACAAGGCUAAAUGGAGAAUGUACUGUGACAAGUUUAAAAACAUUGUUGAAGAUUAUAGUUUCGGUACCCUUCUGAGAGCAGAUACGAAAGGUGAUUAUUCAGAACAGAACACCAUGCUAGUUCCCAGAGUUCAAUUUUAUGCUAUAGAAAUAGCGAGAAACCGAGAAGGACUGAAUAACGAAGUGAAAAAACAUUAUAAAUGUGCAUCUAAGGCUAACUUGGAAAUUUCAGAAAAAACUGAAGUUGCAGUAUAAUACAUUAAUUCUUUUUAUGAUCUUCAUAGCCUUUGCAAAAGUUGCAAUAUCAUAAUAUAUCAUGUUAUUUUAAGCCAUAACAAUAGGAAAUGACACAGUGAUUGUGCCUUAUAUCCCCACUUUCCUUGUCAAUAUUUUGUAAUAGAACAUAUAACAGCAUAUUAUUCAUUAGUUACCACAAAAUAUCAAUUUUUACAGCUUUGUACAGCCUGAUUUGCUGUUAACAGUACCUUUAUAAAGAAAAAACAAUAAUGUCUGUCAAUCUCAAUUGUUUAUUAGCUCUAGCAGUGUUUACCAAUCUUUUCAACUUAAUUCAAAUCUCCCCUACUAAAGAAAGCAGUAAAUGGUAGUCAUUCAAAGAAAUGGUACCAUAAAUAAUGU